CCGCCAAUGGCAGAGAAGAGGAUGUUACUUCCCGCUCCACCGUCCGCCCGGGGAGAGUAUUUAGGAGCAGAGCCCGGUCAGGAGAGGAUCAACAGGUGCACCAGGCAUGACUGUCAGCCUCCUCAACCUGACUGAGAGGGAAGAACAACGGUGUUUUUCUGAAGUAAAGGAAACUGAAGAUGCGACUGAAAUUCACAGGUGGUGAUUCAAAUGAGUGGGACAAUAUGAGGAGAAUGCUGAGAGAUUUUGUAGGAAAGAGGAGACACUGCUCGUUCAAGGGACAAACGGAUGCACAUCAUGCGUCAUACAAACGGUUCAGGAGGCGGAUCAUCCAGAGGAGCAGCAGUGAGGUUCCUGCUGCCAGUACACCUCUGUCCACUGGGCGGCAGUGUGAACCAGGCUUUGAGUUUGAUGCUGUCUGCCAGAGACUGGAGCUGGACUCUCCACAGAGACCCUAUGAACCAGCACAGAGAGGACUAGAGGGAAACAAAGAGGCAACACUGGGGGGAGGCGGGUCCCACCGCAGCGCUGUGACACCACCGAACACACCGCUCAUCAUCCCUGCCAGGGGACGGCCCGUCACAGAAAAUGCUCCAGAACAGGGAUGGGUGUGGACAGCGGCACUACAAAGACAUGGAAUUGCACAACAGACUGGCUCUGAUGAUGACAUAAGAAGUGAUCUGCAGCCGUUUGCCCCUCUGAACAAAGCCUCAGUGAGUCUGCAAGGGAAGUCAGUGAUGAAGUUGGCAGCGCCAUCGCUGCUGAACGACUACUACUCUAACCUUCUCGACUGCAGUUGUAAUGGUAUGAUUGCAUUAGCCCUGGGCUCUUCUGUUUACCUUUGGAAUUCAGAAACUCAUGCUCUAGUGGGACAUUUUGACCCGAGUCCGCAACCAGGACGACCGUGCCGUCAGACUCUAUCAUCUAUCUCGUCUCUGUGCUGGAGCAGAGAUGGCCGAGCUCUCUGUAUUGGCACCAGGCGAGGGGAGAUAUGGUUGUGGGAUGUUGAACACAAGCAGAAUAUGAGGUGUCUGCCAUCACACUUGUCUGUGGUUAGAGCUCUUUCCUGGAAACAGCAGUUAUUCAGCAGCGGCUCCGUGCUGGGACAUAUCCAUCACCAUGACCCUCGAGCUCCAGCAGCUCUGGUAGGUGCGGCCGUCCAGCAGGAGGGCCUCUGCAGCCUGCAGUGGUCGCCAGGUAAUGAGUGGCUGGGCAGCGGCUCCACAGACGGCCUCCUCCGUAUAUGGGAUAGUGACAUCGCAGGGUCACAUCAACCAAUCACCACAAUGAAACAGCCCAGUGCUGUUAAGGCUAUGGGUUGGUGUCCAUGGCAGAGAAAGAUGAUCGCUACAGGAGGGGGAUGUAAAGAUAGAGAGCUGAGAGUCUGGGACACACGAUCAGGGACUUGUGUUACUUCUGUUGACACAAACUCUCAGAUCUGUUCUCUACGGUGGGCAGAUAAGAAGAGACGCCUGGUCACAGGUCAUGGCCUGCCCCAUCACCACGUCAUCUGCUGGGACUGGGAGUUUCCCUCACUCAGCUCAAGCUACCAUCUCACUGGUCAUUCACAUCGAGUCCUACACUUGGCCUUAAAUCCUGAUGGUACUCAGAUUUUCUCUGCUGGAGCGGACCAGUGCGUUCACAUCUGGGACAUGUAACUUCUAUCUCAGAACAUUGUUGGCAUCUGGCCAGGUUUGCUUUCUUGGAAAUGCCACUGUGUAGAGCAAACACAUUUCCUGUCACAUAGUGCAAACUAACCACACAGUCAAACCAUCUUAUCAUAGAAAGCGUCAUAUCAAGAUGUCAUAUCAAGAUAGUGCAUGCACCACAAUUUGAUGGUUUUCCUGCUAUUAAAGGUAAAAUGACAUUAAAACAUCAUUAAAAUUCUACACAUAUGUUCUUUUUUAUGACGUAGGUUUCGCUGAGACACUCACAAGCAGAUUUUGUGUGACAGCAGUGCACCUCAGUUAUACUUCGAUACUGGAGAAGUGUCUUUCUUAGCUCAGAUGACUCACAAUCAACAUUUAAAGGAGAAUCUUCAGGGAGGUUGUGUGUAUUCUCAGAAUAAUAUUUUAAUGCAAUUUUUUUUUGUGAAGCUAUUAAUUUUAGCAGAGGUCACUAUGAAAUCAAGUACUGCACAUUUGUAUUUAUUUAAUCUGUUUGUGAUAAUGAUGUAUGUCAUGUUUGUCCAUUGUCUGCACAUUAAAGAUAUCCUCCUGAGAUAUGUAACCCAAUAAACACUGCUAU